AUGGCCGAAUCCUCGAGGCUUCAGACACCUAGCCGUUCAAUUCGCUCUGGCGAAGCGUCACCGUCAUUUGCGCAGACCACGGCCGAGUUCAGUCUCGACAGCGACCUCGAUUUCGAACCUGACGACGACGAUGAUGAUGUCGAGGACUUGCAUUUGCAUGAGGCACAGCUUGGCGGUGGCCAGGCCUACGAGCUGAAGAGCCUAAGUGCAUCACCUGCGAAGGAUACUGACGACGGAUGGGGUGAUGAAGUGCCGUCGCUGUGGAGAAGAGCUAGCACCAGCACCGUCGCGAGCUUCCAGCUUUACACCCCUGACGAGGAGAGCCCCUCCUCUCCAGAUAUUGGCAAUGCGCGCAUAGCUGGUAUGGACGAGGAUCUGCAGACGAAUCCCCCGUGGGACGGUUGGUAUGAGUGGACAUUGACGGCCUUCUAUAUCUCGUACAUCUUCUUUGAGUGGAUGUCGCUGUUAUGGAAGCUCAUCCCUGCCCACAUAUACGUCUCCAUGAUUGUCCUCUCAUGGGGACUGACUGCCUCGCUGCAGUCCGUCUCCGUCUCGUACCCUACGCUCAUUUUCCUUCGGGUUUUGCUGGGUAUCGGAGAGGCCGGCUUCACAGGUAUACCGUUCUACCUAUCCUUCUUCUUCAAACGAGAGGAACUAGCAUUUCGUACCGCUAUAUUCAUCUCUGCCGCGCCGUUGGCAACAACAUUCGCAUCGUCCUUGGCUUGGCUCAUCACCAACUAUGCAGAGGCUGGACCCAUAGCCCCUUGGCGUCUCUUGUUCCUCGUCGAGGGCUUCCCAUCCGUUCUCGCCGCCGUAGCCGCGUGGCACAUCAUUCCCGAUAGCCCGGAUACGGCGCGUUAUCUCACUGCGCGGGAGCAAAAGGUGGCUCGCCUUCGACUUCGACGCGAGAAGCCGCGCCAGAAGAAACAUGGGGGAAAGGGCCAUAGCAAUCUAAACCUUGGUGAAGUGUUUGCUGUCUUGUGCGAUCCCAUGGCGUUGCUGACCGCGGCCAUGUUCUUUCUUACCAACAUGGCGUACUCCUCCCUACCCGUAUUCCUACCCAAGAUCCUAACCGAGAUGGGCCACUCUCGCCUCGCAUCGCAAGGCCUUAGUGCUCCUCCAUACUUCCUGGCCUUUCUUGCCGUACUUUUCACGGAGCAUCUAUCGGAUCGGGCGCAAACCCGGUCCAUUCCCAUCAUACUGCAUGCCCUCGCAUCGGCCGGCGGAUACGCCGCGCUCGCCCUAGCAAAGCCCAUCGGUCUCUCGCCAUUGCUGCGGUAUCUCGCAGUGUACCCAGCGGCCAUUGGCUUCUUCAACGUCGUAACGCUCACCGUGGCAUGGAGCAUCAAUAACCAAGCGUCCGAGAGUAGGCAGGGCGGGGGGUUCGCCCUGAUGCAGAUUAUUGGGCAAUGCGGACCGCUUGUGGGGACGAGGUUAUACCCGGAUCGAGACGCACCUUUCUAUGCGCCUGGGAUGCAGACCUGCGCGGGUGCGAUGCUCGCCGUGGCUGUCUUGGCGCUGUCUCUGAGGUUCUACCUCUCCUACUUGAACCGCAAGACAGACGUCGCUUGCGCCGUCGGUAGCGAAGCCGAAGAAGAGGAGGGCUUGGUGGGAUCUGGGGGCCGUAAGAGGACGGCCAGCGAGGAGUUUCGAUACAUGCUGUAA